CCCUCUGCAUGCUCCCCUCCCCCACCGCCUAUUUCUACCUCCCUUUGCCUCCCCUCCCCUCCCCCUUCCAUCCGAAUGAUAAAGGGCUUGGCCCGCCUGCCCCCGCCUGGCCUCAGGCCCCAGCUCUGCCUCGCCACACUGCCCCAUUGCCCUGCGCCCACCACCUGGCCAGGCCCCUGCCCACGUUGCCUGCUUCCCCUGCAUGGGGCCCUGCAGCAACCCACGCCUGGGGCUCCCCGAGAGGGAGUCGCCCUCCCAGCCCCCCAAGAGGAGGAAGAAGAGAUACCUGCGGCAUGACAAGCCCCCGUAUACCUACUUGGCCAUGAUCGCCCUGGUGAUCCAGGCUGCACCCUCCCGCAGGCUGAAGCUGGCCCAGAUCAUCCGUCAGGUCCAGGCUGUGUUCCCCUUCUUCAGGGACGACUACGAGGGCUGGAAAGACUCCAUCCGCCACAACCUCUCCUCCAACCGGUGCUUCCACAAGGUGCCCAAGGAUCCUGCGAAGCCCCAGGCCAAGGGCAACUUCUGGGCAGUUGAUGUGAGCCUGAUCCCGGCCGAGGCGCUGCGGCUGCAGAACACGGCCCUGUGCCGGCGCUGGCAGAGCAAAGGUGCGAGGGGCGCCUUCGCCAAGGACCUGGGCCCCUACGUGUUGCACGGCCGGCCCUACCAGCCACCCAGUCCCCAGCCACCGCCCAGCGAGGGCUUCAGCAUAAAGUCUCUGUUAGGGGAUUCUCGGGAGGGGGCACCACGGAGCAGCCCAAGUCGGUCAGGCUCAGUGCACAAUCGGGAGGAAGAGGUACCCACUGCACUCCUGCCCUCUGAGAGGCCUCUGUGGCCCCUCUGCCCCCUCCCAGGGCCCAUGAGAGUGGAGGGGGAGACUUCCCAGGGUGGAACCAGCAGGCCCUCGCCCCUCUCCCCUGAUUCCAGAACAUGGCCCCUUCACUUACUGCAGGGUACCUCAGACCCAGGAGGGCUGUCUGGUGGAGGUCACAGGGCCUCGCUUUGGGGACAGCUGCCCACCUCCUACUUGCCCAUCUACACUCCCAAUGUGGUAAUGCCCUUGGCACCACUACCACCCACCUCCUGCCCCCGGUGCCCACCCUCAACCAACCCCGCCUACUGGGGGGUGCCCCCUGAAACCCACAGCCCCCCAGGGGUGCUCUGGGAUCUAGAUGCCCUCUUCCAGGGGGUGCCACCCAAUAAGAGCAUCUACGAUGUGUGGGGUAGCCACCCCCGAGACCUGGCUGCCCCCAGCCCAGGCUGGCUCCUCUCCUGGUGCAGCCUGUGAGCCUCCCAGGGCAGGGGCAGCUUUCCUCUCCCACCCUCUCCCGCCACCAUCUGGCUUGUUGAGGGGAAACCAAGGACAAGAGGACCAAGAGGUGUGCGUAGCUACAGCAGCAUUGAGACACGAGGCAUCAGUCGAGCUGAGAGUCCACA